ACGAAUCUUUCCAAAUCUCUAUUUGCCACAAAAAAACUAAAACAAACGAUUAUUACAUUUCAGAUGAUUACGGCAAGUGGUAUAACCUUUGACUCUUACUUAUGAAUCAGAUAGGUUUGACCCCAAAGAGAUAACAGAGAUAAAGAGAUAGCAGGAAUACUACAGCAUGGCAUAUUCCCGCUAAGUCCACCAGUCUAUGAAAACUACAUGGUUUUUGAUCAACUAGGCCAGUGACAGUCCCGCACCAUUUAUUGAUUUCUUUUCUUUCGACUCGAUUGAGUAUGGAGAAUGAAUCAAAAUUGCUCCAAAUUAUCUUCCAGGGCACAGCAAAAAUUCGCUACUCCAUUUCUCUAUCUGCUCAGCCCUUAAGUCUUCCUAGCGGCCUCUCUGCCACUGUACCCCUUUUCAUCUCUUGCAGUGUGCAAUACACUGUAAACAGUUCUCAAUGUACUCGGGACCAGAACUACAUGCGCAUGUAGCAGCCUCCUACACCAUUGGCCAAGAGAUUGGCACUAACAGCGUGUUCGGCCUAGUGUAAAUUAUGGAAAGCGCUUGUUGGUCUCCGGGCUAUUUUCAACGAUUUUAUAGGUCCACCGCAAGAGUCGUAGCCCUUUUCUCGUCUCUAAUAGCCCUUUACCACUCUCUCC